GAUUUCUGGUAACUACUACCGGGUAGUGAACCCAGGAGCCUUCCUCUUCCGCAUCAGGGUAAAGAAUGGCAGAAAGAUCAGCGACUGGAGUGAGCCAAAGCAAUUGGCCCUCCCUCUCUGCAGACUGCAGCCCCAGGAGGAACCACGUGACUGUGACUGUCCUGUCGCUCCUGGCUGUGGGGACGGGGUUAACAGUGCUGGGGACACUGCUGCUUUGCCAGAGGCGGGCCCUGAUGAAGAAGUUGUUCCCUCCCAUUCCACACAUGAAGGACCCCACAGCUGACAGAGCAGAGCCUGGGGAGCUGGUCACGUGGACCUUGGCGCCUGAGGAGUGUGAGGUGACACAGGUGACUGAGGCCUGAGCUCCUGUCAGUCAAAGAAAAAUAAAGCCUAGUGGGAUUCUGGAAAAUCCAGCCUCCUUAGUGUUGUAUUGGUUACAAGGCUCUAGCCCCAGCUCUAGGAUGAGACCUGCCAGUCAUGUCCUGUUUGGUGUGGCUGAGCCUUAACUCACCUUCCACCCAAGAGGCCCCUGUGCACAGGAGGGGGUGGGGUCUUCCUCGGAGCAGUUUCUCAAUUAAAGCUACAGAUUCUUCUGGGUAAUUCUCCUGUGUAGGCUCAAUUUUCUUAAAUAUAUUUUAUUAUGGACUUAUU